CGAAUGAUCGCACUGAAAGAGCAGCCGCUCAGUUCGAACGGCUCACGUUUUGAGAAACCAGAAGUACGAUUUAGGUCAAAGCUGUUUAGAUACAUUUUUAACGUUGCCAAUAUGUCGAAAUUCAGUUUCAGAAGAAAAGACAACAUGGAAUUUAAGCACAUAGCUCAUGGCUUGAUCCCUGCAGCCACAAUUGCUCCCAGACCUGCUGUUCCUCGCACCCCUCCCCCUCGCAGCCCAUUCCCCUGUCCAGAGAGACCCAGAUCUGCCUUGGCUGCGGCUAUACUGUCUUCUUCUUUAACUGGCCGCACUGUGGCCAUUCCCAUGAUGGGACCAAGAUCCUUCUCGGAGAGUGACUGCUCUUGGUCGGCCAGCGGAACGACAGUGGAGCCUUAUGCCAGCACUGCAGACUACUCAAGGGAUAGGUGGUAUGGAUCUUUAAGGGGCAGGCCCCGCCUGCCAUGCUCUGAGCCUUCUCAGGAUAAUGAUGAUGAUGAUGAUGAUGAAGAUGAUGAACAUGAUGAUGACGGUGGUGAGGAGAGUGUAGAGAGAGAAACACUUUCGGAUCCAGGCAAAGACCACGUCUACGAGUCCUUGGAGAGGCACCGCAGAGAGCUGGUUGGGAACGACAUCUACGCCGUGCCGCACAAACAGGGUACCAAGCGAUCUGGUAGAAGUGACCUGACUGACAGUUCAGAGUUCACCGUGGGAUCCGCCCAAGAGGCAGCAGAUCACCUGAAAUCAAAGAGGCCACAACACCAGAUACCAACAGGUGAAGCUAGUGUGCAACAGGCAGAAAGCAGCAGGACCCCCCUACCCUGGAAAGCAGUCGUAGACGAAAUCGGUGGUCAAGGGGGCACCUCUGGGAAGGCUUCGUCACCUGACGUGGAACAGAAUCCAUCUACUUUGAGGACCAUGUCGUCACCUGAUCUGAAAGAUGACGUGGAUUCUGAGGCCAUCCAUAAGAACCGCGGCUCAUUGCGAAAGAAGGCGCUGCCCGAUCGGCGCUCCGCCAGAGACCCAACAUUGGAGGAUGAGGAGGUCCACCAGGAGCUGCAGGCCACGCAGCAGCGGCUGGUGAGGGUGCUGCGGGAUCAGAACCAGGCGCUGACCCAGAGGUGCGAGGAACAGGCCCUUCAGCUCCAGCAGGCUCAGGAGCAGCAGCGCCACAUGCGGCAGCAGCUGGAACAGCAGCAUCAUGUCAAGGACAGCGACCUCGGUGCAGGGGGACAGGUGGAACUGCACAAUCUCAGACAACAGGCUCAGGAGCUGGUGGACGAGAACGACGGCCUCAAAAUGACCGUCCGCCUCCUGAACGUGGAGCUCAGCAGAUACCAGGCGCGAUUCCGCCCGCUGUCCAAAGAAGAGAGCUCAAGGAUCAAUGCCUUGCCAAAGAAAGGACCGACACCACCUUGGUUGACGGAUAUGAAAUACUUGUCCCCAUUGCUUCUGGCUUAUGAAGAUCGGCUCAGCGAGAAGGACUCUCUGCUGCACACUUGUGAGGAGGAAAUGAAGAAGUUACGGGAGCGCACGGAGGAGGUCGUCCGUGAGAAUGAGAGGCUGCACGAACAGCUAGGGAGGACAGGAGGCAUCUGGCAGAAGCAGUGGCGCCGGCUGCAGGAACAAGCCGCGCUUGUGUUGAAGGAAAAUCAGGUGCUCAUGGAGCAGCUGGAGGUCCAGCAGAGUAAAGCCAAGGAGAGCCACAGUUGCCACCUGCAGGAAGUGUCUAAAGUCACCAAGGAGCUCAUGCUGCUGGAGGCAGAGCGGCAGCGGCUACAGGAGGAACUUCAGGAGGUGCGCAGGGAACUGGAGGCCCUCCAGGGCCGUCAGCAGCAGACCCUCUCGGCGCUGGAGAGCUCCGUUGGCAGGGAAGAGCACCGCGAGCUCAUCGGAAAGCUCCAAAGACAGCUAGAGGAGGCGACGGAGAGCAGCAAAGCCGAAGUGGAGGACCUAGCAAGCAGAAUGGUGAGUCUCCAGGUGGAGAAGAAGGCCCUUGUGCUGGAGACUACGAACUUGAAGGAUGAGAUGAAGAGUCUGGAGACGGAGCUAAAGGCAUCACGUUGUGCUAAGAGGAAAGCCGACAAGAAGGUGGCCCUGAUGAAGCUGCAGGUGGAAGAUUCUUUGGAGCGGGAGAUAACAGCCCAUCAGUACCUAGCUGGCAUCGUGGCACUGGCUGAGAAAACCAUACAUGAGAGAGACCAGCUAGUGCACAUGGCCUCUACCCUACAGCAGGAAAAACAAGGCGUGCUUACAGAGAUCAUCGAGGGCACCAUGCGGCUUGGGAAACUUCAGGAGAAGGUCAAGGUGUACAAACGGGAAGCGGCAAGCAGCCUAAGGCUCAUGGGCCAGCGGUUGCAGGAGCAGGAGGAAGACUUUGCGGGCAAAGCGGCUUCCUACCAAAGAGAGAUCCGUCACCUUCAGCGGUUGCUGCAAGACAAGCAGGAAGCUCUGGACGGAGCGCUUCACCAAAAAAGAGAGGUGGAAGGUGAGCUGGAGACUGUGUGGAACUCCACCUCCAGGGAGAACCAGCACAUCAAGGAGGCUUUGUUCCAAUCCCUAGACUGGACAGAGUGGUCUAUUCGUCCUCCAGAAGAGCUGGAUUUUACUAAGGGGACAUCCCUUGGUUGGACGUCUAGACAGUGUGAGGACCUGCCUCCUCUUACUCCACCCAAGAGCUCAGUCCUGGUGCCCUACAGCUUCUACCAAAGCAGGGUUGUGGCCGGCCUUCACCAUAGCCCCAAGUUCAGGUUUGACCCAGACCAAGUGCAGAACCACUCGUCCGAUGAGGGUGAAAAGAACAGCCCGGAUUUCUACUCAUGAGCUCUGCUUACAGCUGCACUGGAAACCUAAAGAGCUACGGAUUUACACAGGGGCAGGUGUAGCAGCAUCGUUCAGAAUUUUUCAUAUUUUUUUCUCUGCUAUAUCUUCAGUCUAUUUCUUUAAUCUAAGAAAAAUUACCCAUUGCCAAACUCUUGGCAUGACACACAGGGGAUGGCGAGAGGGGGACUGUAAUGAAGCGAUGAGAUGACUACAGCACCUUCAACUUGACUGCUGUGCACAGAUUCACAUGUCCAGACAACAUGGGAUACAUGUCUGUUAAGAAAUUAUCUUCAACGCAUUGUGUGCAUAUCUUGGCCAAAACAAUGGGUAUAAUUUCAGAGCUGUGUUGAUAAUUAGCUUUGGCUGGAAUGUGUGAAUCCCAGGAGCUUUGAGUGAUGGAGCAAUAACAGUAUUUUUUGCUAUCUAGCACAAGGGUUGUACUGAGCUUGAUGUAAUGAGACUCCAUCCAUUAAACAGCAUUUCACCAACACUCUGACGGUGUAACACUGACAUAUAGCGGCUGUCUGUGUUAAAGCAAAUCAGUGUUGCACCUUCUUUCUUAUAACAUUCAUUCCUGGCAGCAGUAACCCACAUUAUUUACUUACUCACAGUUAAUUUGUUCCAUAGAUGCUUUUGAUUAUAUAGCAUUUAUACAGUUUACUUUUAUAAAUAUGCACCCAUUCCCAACUAGCUUUUGCUGGUUUGCUGUGAUUUUUCUGUAUAUUUGGGGCUUUGGGGUUCUGCUUAAAAAUAUAGCACAUUCAGUUGAGUAACGGAGCAAAGCAGGAAACAUAAAUCUAUGAAGAAUCAAAAAUGAAAAACAUGCAUUUGUGCAACUCCUUUACUGUUAAGUAUAUAAUUCACUUCCUAGGUUUUUAACAUUACUAAGUGAUUUACUUUUACAUGAAAUUUGCAGUGUCCUAAUGUAGCCUUCUAACCAGGGUAUGCUCUGCUUUAUGGCCAAUACAUCCAGGGAUAGGCUCCAGACCACUGUGACCCUGUGCUGGAAUGGACAGACGGACAGGCAAUUUGCACCCAUAUGGUUGCAUAACGAAGGAGAACGGCUGCAUAAAUCACCUGCUAUUUCAGCACCUACAGAACUGCAGCCUCAGUGUGUUAAUGUCAAUUAGUGUGUUAAUGUCAAUCUAGCAACUAUUUUCAAACAACUUCAAUUAAGCAACAGAGCACUGAAACUCUGGAAAGGUCUGCCAGCUAGUACAAGGGCUGCCCCUUCAUUCUCAACCUUUAAAUCCAGGCUUAAGACUAAUUUCCUUACCUUAGUGAACCCUUUGUGAAGCUGCUGGUUUGAAUAUACUACAUACUGCUUUCUCAUUAGUCAGUUAAUUAGUAAUAAACCCACAUUUGAUACCAUGUUUGUGGUAGGUACCCUUUUUACUCUGUCUUUUACUGGUGUCCUAUAGCGGAACCUGGAGCCACCAGCAACCUAGAACACCAGAAUGAGCCAGACCUUUGAACGGGACGUAGAAGGCUUCUGGUAUUUCAGUUCCACUUUUGGAGGGCUGCUGGAACAAUCGCUGGACAAUUGGACACUCGGGCAGCCUGCUGUCCCAGGUCACUUUGACUUGUGUGCCAGACGACUGUGAUCCCAGAGGUUUCUUUUCACACAGUUUAACGUCAAUAUGGAGUUUUUGUUUUCAUUUCCUCAGUUGCCAGCUGGCCACUAUCAUGAAGUACAUGGCUUUCCACUCAGCUUUAUGUUUCUUUGAUCACUUAUUUUUAUAUUGGUUGUCUGUUGAUCCUGUUAUUUAGCAGUACUUACUACUUUAAUAUAUAAUAAUGCCUUCUGCAAUGUGUUACAUGUCAUGGUUUGUCAUUUGUUUUAUCUGUAACUUGGUGAAGGUGCUCUGAGUGCAAAGGUUACAGAAUGUGUGCCACCUGUGCUUGAGGACAGGGCGCUAUAUAAGAGUUAGAAUAAAUUGUAUUGUACUGUGUAAACCUUAGUACAGAUUCCAGUUAAUAUCCUCAUCACCCUCUAGGCAUUUCAAGGCCAGAUUUACAAUGACCCAUUGUGCAAAUUUCAGUUCAGUGAACAGAUUAAAAACAUCUUGGCUUUAGUACCACAUGAGCAGCAGAGUAAAUUUGGUUUUUGGUUAGUUCCAGACUUGCGGCACAAGGUCUAUAACCUCGGCGUGACAAACGCACGUUCGCCGACUCUCUGUGUGAACUAAGGGACAGUCAUACCGCAGUGUUUUUGGUGACGGAUCCCUGACAAAAAUUUUAAAACAUUUUAUUCUAUCCUUUUUGUUCAUUUUAGCCAAGGGUGCCAAUAAUUGAGGAAUUCACUGUGUCAACUCAGUACUGGAUACUCAGACUUGUAUACUAUUAAAACGUAUACAAAAGAGAGAAAAAUAAUCCCGGAAACAAUAUAGCGAAAAUAAGCGUCACAGCAUACAUGCCUGAGAAAAUGUGUGCGCGUAACCAGGUGAUCGUAGAUCAGGUGUGCUGACCUUUCUGUGUUUGUGGAUCACAGAUUCGCAUCAAAGAUGAGCGCCAAGUACCAUGGUGCUCAGAUAACAGUGGGAAAACAAUGAAAAGUUGUGUUUAUCAUCCCUGAGGCUGCAUGUUGGACGGGUCUGCACUUGUGUACAGGCUACAAUUUUACUCUAAGCGUGCGGUUCAGUCCACUUAAUUGUGUGGACUGUUCAGUCCCAGAGUUCCCUGCAGUCUCCUCUUUUAAAUGCUGGACAUAAUAAUGGUGACUUCAAUGUUAUGAAAUCAUUUUAUGGUGUCAGUAAACAGUCAGAAUGCAUCUUAUCCAUUUUAAAGACCUGGAAAUAGACACUUUGAUGUCAUUAAAGUUACGUGAUUGUUGCCUUUAUUGUUUACAAGGAGUCAUGGGUCACAGUUCAGAAUGUAUCAAGGAAACAGAGGGCUAGAGACAUGAUACACCCUGGACAGCACACGAGUCCACGUCAGGGCAAUAACACACACACACACACACACACUAGAGGCAAUUCAGAUUCUCCACUUUACAUGAAACGCAUGUCUUUGGACUGUGGGUGGAAACCAGAGCACCCAGAGGAAACUCGCACAAAUAUGGGGACGAGAACUAUGACCACCAGCAAACUGUAUAGCAAAUGUAUUUAUAUUAAUGUAAAUUUUAUGCCAAAUGUAUUUAUAUAUUUCAAUAAAUGA